GAGAAAGCUGGAAGUGAGUACAUUGAUUUUCUACUCAGGACAUUGGUUAACCAUCUACAUCCACUUGACUUAUGCACCUUCAAUCUAGAACUUUCGACGUCAUUCUUCUUAUUAAUUCUCCGGUGCUAGGAAGAAAACCACAGGAGCGAUGCCGAUCAUGAAGAAUAGAGGCGACUUUAAUAUCUGGCCACUUGUUCUUGGCUCCCUUCUUUCACCAGAAGCAACAAGAAUAACAUAUUUCUUAUUCGAUAGCAUACGCAUCAUCAUCAUCAUAUGACCACUUAAUAGACUCUUUUUUUUUUUGGCUCAUUACAUAUAGAGCGUCACGGCCACGGUGGCUGGGCCUGUGGGUCAUCUCUGUUCUAGGCAGCAAAAUCUCUGUUCUUAAAUGAUAGAUUUUUACCGAUCAUAAGACCCAUAAUGCAGCUAAGGCGAGUAACAAGAUGCCAUAGAAGAUUACUUGCGAUAGUCUGUAAUGAAGUUUCUUGUUGUUGUACAGAAUGAAGCCUGAGCUUCUAGAGUUCGAUUGGGUAAUAGUGAUAGUCGUACUUCUUCAUAAAAGUGGAGAUCGUGAGAAGAUAUAUUUUUACUAAUCCUUUAGCUUUACUAUUUUACAUACGAAUUAAGAAAGGAUUAGAAG